CCUACGUCUAUAGCUCGACUCGUGCUCCAAAUAUCGGACGCAGCAUGGCGAUCAUGCGCAUGGCAGAGAUGUCUUCUUGUUCCUCUGCUCCGAUAUAUAAGCCUCCGUGUCGAAAACCCUUCCCGCUUCCCUUUCACGAGAAUACGGAGUACCUAGCAGAGUCACCCUCCUCGACUACCCCGCCCCCACCUUCGAAGCUGUUACACGAUGUCGAACGGAUUCCUACGAGUCGAAGGAGAGAAAGUGGUUGAUCAAAUGGGCAAUACGGUCAUACUUCGUGGUGCAGGACUGGGAGGAUGGAUGAACAUGGAGAACUUCAUGUAAUUGUAUCCAAGCACCACAGCUUCGAUACAGUUACUCACAUCUCCCAGAACUGGAUACCCGGGCCAUGAGCAUAAGCAUAGGGCCGCCAUGCUACAAGUUCUGGGAAAGGAGAAGCAGGAGUUCUUGUUCGACAAGUUCCUCGAAUACUUCUUCAUGGAGGACGACGCCAAGUUCUUCGCCAGCUUGGGCCUCAAUUGCAUCCGUCUGCCAUUCAACUAUCGGCAUUUCGAGGACGAUAUGAACCCCAGGGUAUUAAAGGCAUCAGGAUUUAAACACCUCGAUCGUGUGAUAGACCUGUGCUCCAGAUACAAAAUCUACACCAUCCUUGACAUGCACGCACUCCCCGGCGGCCAAAACCCCGACUGGCACAGCGACAGCGGCUCAAACUACGCUGCCUUCUGGGACCACAAAGACUACCAAGACCGCGCCAUCUGGCUCUGGGAGCAGAUCGCCACACACUACAAAUCCAACCCCUGGAUCGCAGGAUAUAACCCCAUUAACGAACCCUGCGAUGCCCUACACUACCGUCUCCCCGCAUUCUACGACCGCAUCGAGCUUAAGAUCCGGGCCAUUGAUCCACAUCACAUCCUCUGGCUUGACGGCAACACAUUCGCCAUGGAAUGGAAAUCCUUCGAGCAUGUGCUUCCGAAUGCUGCGUACUCAAUCCAUGACUAUGCAAUCAUGGGCUUUCCUCUCGGUGAGCGCUUCAAGGGAACUCCGGAGCAGAUAUCCAGCCUUGAGCGAACAUUCCUACGAAAAGCGUCUUUCAUGCAAAAGUACAAAGUCGUUGCGUGGAACGGCGAGUUCGGGCCCGUGUAUUCAGACCCACGCAUGGAUUCCAACGCUGCUGAGAUUAAUCAAGAGCGGUACAACCUCCUCGGAGCCCAGUUGAAGAUCUACGACAAGUACCAAAUUCCCUGGAGCAUCUGGCUGUACAAAGACAUCGGCGUCCAAGGCAUGGUCUACACCGACCCUGAUUCGUUGUGGAACAAAACCAUCCAACCCUUCCUCGAGAAGAAACGUCGCCUGCAGCUCGACUGCUGGGGCAAGUACCCCAGCCCCGAAAUCUCCUCCGUCAUUGGUCCCCUUGCAAAAUUCAUCGACGAAGUGUGGCCCGAGGCCACGAACACAUAUCCCACAUCCUGGAAUACGCAACGCCAUCUUGCGAGAGCGGUCAUGGAGACGCUCAUGGCGCAGGCUUUUGCGGUGGAGUUCGCAGGUUUGUUUAAGGAUUUCUCGAUGCAGGAGUUGGAUGAGGCGGCGAAGAGCUUUCGAUUUGAUAGGUGUGUGCAGAGGAAGGGGUUGAAUAAGAUUAUGAGUGAGUAUGCGAAGGGAAGGGAGCUGUAGGUCAAAAGGCAUCGCGGACGUGGAGUCGGACUUCUAGGGGUCUGAUGAAAUUGAGUUGUUGCUUGACUGUCAUAUUGUCCACCGGUUCCCUUCUUCAUUCAAGUGAACCGUCAAUAUAGAUCACAAACUUGUGGUAUCCUCCUCCACAUACUCUCUUGCUUUACUGAUCGCUGCGCACUGCAAGUUUCACCAUUUAUGUUCACAAGAAGAGGAAAGGAAACUCGUUCUGGAAUGAAAUUUACCGCUGCAAUGCAAUGCUGCCUUGAUGUCUGCAAAAAUACAAGAAUCAAUCAAGCCAACAUUGCUCUUAUACUGCAAUAUUCUAUGGACAGCGAAAAUACCAGAUCUAGCAAUCAUUGAGGCAUUUCCCAGUCCAUUUUCGGUGCACGCUCCGUAUUUGAUGACUCUCAUGGGAACAAUAGCAAAAUUGCCAUGGACAAGGAAUUACC